AUCCACGAACAAAGAUCACAUUUUAUUUUGAAUCCAAGUAUACUGGCACUGAAAGCUCGAAAUGCGAAAACACCAUAUCCUGAUUGAAGAAGGUCUCCCUCUCCCCGUAUCAUCUCUGUUAUCCAGCUAACUGAAUGUGUCUGCUGUAGGUCCCCCUAUCAUCUCUGUUAUCCAGCUAACUGAAUGUGUCUGCUGUAGGUCCCCCUAUCAUCUCUGUUAUCCAGCUAACUGAAUGUGUCUGCUGUAGGUCUCCCUCUCCCCCUAUCAUCUCUGUUAUCCAGCUAACUGAAUGUGUCUGCUGUAGGUCUCCCUAUCAUCUCUGUUAUCCAGCUAACUGAAUGUGUCUGCUGUAGGUCCCCCUAUCAUCUCUGUUAUCCAGCUAACUGAAUGUGUCUGCUGUAGGUCUCCCUCUCCCCCUAUCAUCUCUGCGUCUGUUAGUUCCUCCACUGCGGCUGGUGUCUGCAGCUCUAUGGCAAGUUGUUCAGCAGAGAGACGUAAUGGACUACGGGUUGGUGGAGGAGUUUGUCACCACUGUGUUGGAGAUAGUUCCUGAUAUGAUGAGUUACAGGGAGAGAGUCCAACUCAUCAUGGGCCUGCGAGCACAGCUGGUUCUGGAGUUGUGUCGCUCUGAUCACCUAGCCAACCCUGAGACUAUCCAGCCACACCUGAACAGGAUGAAGACCUGUAUCAUCACUCAUAGGGACAAGGAGAUUUCUGAUCCUGAGAUGGAGGCAUCAGAAUUAACUUUCCGGAAGCUGAUUCAAACUCUGCUGGAAGACCCAAUUGAGAAACGACACUUCUUUCAGAAUAUUUUUCCAGAGGAAUUUGGCCCAAAGUAUGACUCGGCACUGCAGACUCUGGUGUGGGAGUUCCUCUCCAGGCUGGAGAAGCUGCUUCCAGCACCAACCCUUCAACAGACUGCAUCUUGGUUCCUACCUGACCCCUCUGUCCUGGAGGAGUGUGUGCAGUGUGUAUCCCACCCUCAGCCUUUGAAGACCCUUCUCCAGCAUCACAACACAUGUGGACAUGUAGACACCAAUGCUCUGUCUUCCGGCGACAAUCAGAUCCUCGCUUCAAUGUCUCUCUCUUCCUUAGUGAUAGAUGAAGCCUUCACUGACCAAGCUGACUCAGAGGUCCAAUCAGAACCUGAGCAGGAAUGUAUGAGCCCUGUCUCAUCUGACAAUGAGCCAAAGAUGCCCUCUUUGUUGGAACACAGGGAGAGUGAACUGUUGCCUUUGAAUAAAGAGGUGAAGCCUGCUUUUUUGGAGGUAGCGUGUAGACAUAAGAAAACAACAGCGAAAAACAUAGAACACAAAGAGAUGAAAAAUAAUACAUCUUUUCACCACCUUCACACUGACAGUGGGCUGAAAAUCCAAGGAAAACCCCACAGCAGCCAACAGGAAGUGCAGGACAUUUCUAGUUUAUCUACUUCCUGUCGUCUCCGUCAGCCAACAGUGCUGCUACACAGACUUGACAUUACUGAUAUGCUGUUACCUGUGUCGGAGGUCUCUGCAACACCGCGGAGAGAGAGGCUUCAGAUUGACAAAGUGGGACAGAGAAGAGGACAGGUCAUAUCACAAAAGAGUGAGAGGAAUAUCAAUGAAGAGCCCUCUGAUGGUCAACCUCAGUAUUCUCUGGCCCCUGACCCAUCCCCUACCUCAGGGCAGCCUAAAAGAAGCAAGCGUGUCAAAAUAUGCUCCUUGUGUGGAAAGACUUUCAGCGAAGCAAAGGAUUUGACUGCACACAUGAGAUCUCACAAUGAGCAGAGCCCUUCCAAGUGCACCCAGUGUGGACAAGACUUUGAACACCAUGAGGACUUACAGAAACAUCAGCAGAAUGUGUGUGAGGAGGCAGCUCAACCAGAAGAGGACAACAUGUCUACGCCAUCUUUUAAGGAGGAUAACAUGUCUCUGACAUCUGUGGAGGAUGAUUGGACAGAGAUAUCCCACCACCAUGACACUUUACCUGAGAACAAAAGAGGUCCCUAUGUUCAUCACACUCCAAAAGCCUUCCAGCCUUCCAAAGCCAGACAAAUAUGCCAUGUGUGUCACAAGACUCUUUGUAAUGUAUUUAUGCUGAGAAGGCACCUGAAAUCCGUUCAUGGUCUGCUCCCCUACAAGUGCUACAACUGUGAGGCAAGUUUUGGGAAUAACCCUAGUUUGAAGAAACACGUAAAAGAGUGCUUGAAGACGAAGAAACACCACCCUUGCUCUCUGUGCGGUGUGACCUUUGAGCCAAAUGAGUGUUCGGAGGGGAACCAACAGCAGUUCAUAGCUGCAGUAGAAAAUGGUACAGAGAUACCCCAGACCUCCAGUUCUACACCACAGAAUGCAACAGCCUUCAGCGCUCUGCCCAUUCUGAUACAGUCCUCCAGUAAUUACAGAACAUGUCUUUUGUGUAAUGAAACUUUCGAUACUGCAGCGAACUUGAGAAUACACAUAAAAUGUCAACAUGAUGUACAUCCUUACCCAUGCAUCAAUUGUGGGGAAAGUUUCCCAAGCAUAUCGGAUCUGCGGAUACACAAGUGUUCAGGUCAAAACAUUCCAGACUCCAGAAAGUGUCCGGGGUGCAGGAAUAGGACCUCUCAAUCCACACCGCAGCAGUUAAAGACAAGUCAGGAAGUGAACCUUAGACACCAGACAGAUAGGCCACUAGUUGCAGCAGAAAACGAGAUGGCGAUCCCGCAGUCCUGCAACACAGAUGUUGACUACUCAAAUGACUUGCAGCGAUGCCAGCCAAAGGAGUGUGAGAUUAACUUUCAGAGAGGACAGCAAGACUGGAGUGAGGAGGUUGAUCCAAACCGGCAUCCAGGGGAGGUUGAUCCAAACCGGCAUCCAGGGGAGGUUGAUCCAAACCAGCAUCCAGGGGAGGUUGAUCCAGGGGAGGUUGAUCCAAACCGGCAUCCAGGGGAGGUUGAUCCAGGGGAGGUUGAUCCAAACCGGCAUCCAGGGGAGGUUGAUCCAAACCGGCAUCCAGGGGAGGUUGAUCCAAACCGGCAUCCAGGGGAGGUUGAUCCAAACCAGCAUCCAGGGGAGGUUGAUCCAAACCAGCAUCCAGAGGAGGUUGAUCCAGCACAUAGAAACAGUUGUCUGGUUCCAAGGGAGGAUGGGACAGAGACUCCCCAGAGCCAUAGCACGUCACCCAAGAACCCAACAACUUCCAAAGCUCCUCCCACUGGCGUGAUUUUAAAUUCUCGAACAUGUCUCGUGUGCUAUAAGACAUUCUUUAACAGAGCAAGCUUGCUUCAACAUCUGAGACGUCACUCACAGGGUCAGGGACCCCACACAUGCUCCAUAUGUUCAAGGAGCUUUGGUCGAGCUUUCGAUUUGACAAGACAUCAGGCCAGGAAAACAGGUUGUGGGUCAAUGCACCGUAAUCUCGUUGUACAUGAGAAUGCUCCUACAGAAGUUAAACCGGUCUUCUCUUGCCCCCAUUGUCAGGAAUGGUUCACGAGCGAAAAUAAACUGGAAACACACAUGCUAUGUCACACAGGGGAAGGGUUCACAUGUAGGUUUUGCGGCAAGAUGUUUGCUAAACAAUAUAAAUUAUACAUCCAUGUUCGUUCGCAUAUUGACAGACCUCAUCUAUGUGAUGCAUGUGGUAAGGAUUUCAGAACUAAGUAUGCAUUGAAAGUACACACACGUGUACACACAGGAGAACGACCAUUCUCUUGCCCAGAUUGUGGCAAAAGAUGUUCUUCGAAGGGUAAUCUGAAGGCCCACCAACAGAGUCAUACAGGAGAACGUCCAUUUGCGUGCCCUCUCUGUAAAGUACGCUGUCGCAUUAAGUCGCAACUAAAAGUACACAUUUUAACUCACACAGGGGAGAGGCCUCAUAAGUGUUUGGCUUGUGGGAAGACUUUUCAACUGAAACUUUUGUUGAGAAAACAUCAGCUAGCUUCAUGUUCUUAGUUGUCUUUGAUUUCUAGGAUGUAGACGUUUAAGUAUUUGAUUUCAUUCGUCGAGAUUCGCCACAUUACUGGCUCAUAACUGGGAAUAGGUUCUAAUCCAGACUAUAGCGCUUCACCUUUUGCUACAGUAAGGUCAUUUUGAGCACGUUAUUCUCUGUUGAAUGUAUGUUAAAGAAAAUGUUAAAUAUGCAGGAUGAUUUUAUUUCACUACUUUUAUUUUAUUUAUUUUUUUUAUAAAAAAAAGUUGUUUAAAUUCAUGUCAGCUUACUAAUACCCAUCAAACUGUGCAUUUCUGGAGAACCUUUUUAGGUAGUGCAAUAGAAUUUCUCGCAGUACAACACUGAAUCACCAUUCAGUCUGAUUUAUAAUAUACUAAUACUGACAUUCCAGAGAUAGAUACUGACCAUCCAUUUUCAUUGCAUACACAACAGCUGAAAUUACAAAGCCACAGUUUCCAAGCAGCCUAUUGUGAAAACCCUUUAUAAAUGUAUGUUAAAAAUAAACGGUGCAAUUAUUACGAA